UCAUAUCCAUCACCAUCGCAAAAAGCGCGCAAAACGCACCGCUUUGGCCAGAGCAGCAAAUACGACACUGCAAAACAGCCUCUGCGAAUCCCUCCCUCCAAGAAAACUUGGGAGCUCGAUCUUCGCGCGACUGCGAAGAGGAAGGUCAAAUCAAAUCCCGAGCAUUUCCACGAACACCUUCUCUCCCUCUGCCGAUCGCGCUUCUGUUUCCUCCGCAGUCUCCGGUCCAUCCUAAAAUUUCAGAAUCCAUAUCAUGGAUGGUGAAGCUGUCAAUGGUGAUGCUGUCAUUGCAAAACUAGUGGAAAUGGGAUUUGAAUAUUCUUCAGCAGUAGAGGCUGUGAAAGUGGCUGGUGCUUCAAUAAAUGACGCAGCUGACUAUAUCUUGAAUGGCCCCUGGAGAACCAAUUUGGGUGCAUCAACCAGUUCUAACCAUUCCAAAGUAUGUGUAAAAGCUUCAGGAAAAAGUGCUUCGUCCCUGUCACAGCCUUCAGGGAGAAUGUGGCAAUCUAACAUUCUGGAUCAUUUUGGAACAAAAAGGCAAACCAAAAGAAGUAGAUUUAAUGUGGAAAAAGAUGUUUUGGAUGCGAGGUCAAAAGUCUCACCUGUCAUGGAAGGAAACGGGAAUGUCCAUCCUGAUACGCAUCGAGACGCCGAGAUCACAUCAGAAAUUAUUGCUGUUGAUUGCGCAGAAGAGCUGCAUCUGGGAGCAGACUGGGAGCAGCAAGUUAAUGGUCUCUUAUGGAAGCACUUUGGUCAUGCAUCCUUGAAAAGCUUCCAGAGAGAAGCUUUGGCUGCUUGGCUAUCUCACCAAGAUUGCCUUGUUCUCGCUGCAACUGGAUCUGGUAAAUCACUGUGUUUCCAGAUUCCAGCCCUACUGUCCAGGAAGGUGGUUGUUGUGAUCUCGCCAUUGAUAAGUUUAAUGCAUGACCAGUGUCUAAAUCUCGCAAAACAUGGUGUCUCUGCCUGCUUUCUUGGAUCUGGGCAACCUGACAAUAGCGUGGAAAAGAAAGCGAUGGAGGGUAAAUAUGGUUUGAUAUAUGUUUGCCCAGAGUCACUUUUAAGGCUGAUAAAACCACUACAAAGUCUUGCAGCUGGCCGAGGAAUCGCGUUAUUUGCAAUUGAUGAAGUCCACUGUGUUUCGAAAUGGGGCCAUGAUUUUCGGCCUGACUACAGGAGACUAUCUGUGUUAAGAGAGAACUUCAGCACUUCCAAGAUGAAGUUCUUGAAAUUUGACAUUCCAAUGAUGGCUUUGACUGCUACUGCUACUAACCGUGUUAGAGAAGAUGUUAUUCAGUGCCUUAACAUGUCAAAGGAGACAAAGAUUGUGCUUACAUCAUUUUACCGCUCCAAUCUACGUUUUUCUGUCGAGCAUAGCAGAACUUCUUCACGGACUUACAAAAAGGAUUUCCAUGUUUUGAUAACAACAUAUGGUAUGAGAAGAAAGAUUGGUGACAACCAGCAUCUCGACUGUGCUGAAGAUUCCGAUAAUACAUCAGUAUGCUCAGAGGACGACUACUGUGACAGAUAUGAAGAUGAUGAAGCGAAUUCGGUGAAUAAUGAUAACAGCUCUUCAAGGGAGACAGAAUUGUCAGUUGAAUACUUAGAAGAUGCAACGGACACCUUCCAGGGUGUGGAUGAUUGGGAUGUUCCCUGCGGAGAAUUCCAUGGAGAAUCUCCUGAUUUAAGCCAGGAGAUAUGCAGUUCUUUUGAGACAUCUGGUUCACCAAUGGAACUGGAAGAAAGGCUUAAGCUUCAGCAAGAGCCAUUGGAACGUGGACCUACUAUCAUUUAUGUCCCUACGAGGAAAGAAACUUUGACAAUUGCCAAAUUCUUGUGUGACUGUGGCAUCAAAGCAGCAGCUUAUAAUGCCAAGUUGUCAAAAUCAUAUCUUAGGCAAGUCCACAAGGAAUUUCAUGAAGAUGACUUAGAGGUUGUUGUUGCGACUAUGGCUUUUGGAAUGGGGAUCGACAAGUUAAAUGUCAGAAGAAUCAUCCACUAUGGUUGGCCACAGAGUUUAGAGGCAUACUAUCAGGAAGCAGGGCGUGCUGGAAGAGACGGAAAAUUAGCAGAUUGCAUACUCUUUGCUAAUUUAGCAAGAACACCAACUCUGUUGCCUAGUCAAAGAAGUGCAAAUCAGUUGAAACUAGCAUACAAAAUGCUGUCUGAUUGUCACAGGUAUGGAAUGAACACUGCAAACUGUCGAGCUAAAUCGCUCGUUGAGUACUUUGGGGAGCAAUUCAGUUAUGAGAAGUGCUACUUGUGCGAUGUGUGCAUUAAAGGACCUCCUGAGAUGCUGAAUGUGAGGGAAGAGGCUGAUGUUUUCAUGCAGGUUCUUGCUGCUCACAAGAAACAAUAUGCUUUGUCUCGGGGAAGCAGCGGAUACACCGCUGACUCAUAUGAUGAUGAUGUAACAUGUCAUGACGUCAAACAAAGACAGUAUGUUGAGAAGCUAUAUCUCAGGCUCUUGGUCAGUAAAAUCAGGGAGCAGUCUCCUAAACACAUGGCAACUGACAUGUUAUGGUGGCAAGGUCUUGCUCGAGUUAUGGAAAGUAAAGGAUACAUCCAAGAGGGUGACGAGAAGGCUCAUGUUCAGAUAAAAUAUCCUGAGCUAACUGAACGAGGACAGGAUUUUGUGCAAUCACAAAGAGAGGAAGGAUUGUACAUAUUUCCUGAAGCCGAUAUGCUUCUCUCAGGGAGAAAACGGAAAUCAUUUUCCACCUUUUCUGAAUGGGGAAAGGGCUGGGCUGAUCCUGAGAUACGUCGCCAGCGCUUGGAGAGGAGGCGAUUAAACAGGAGGCCAAGAGAAAGGAAAUCAAAAGGUUUCAAGGCAAGUCAGAAAACCGUUCGAGGAAGGCUAGCUAAAAAACUAAAAUCAAGGUGAGGCGAUUGUUUUGGGUAGGGAUUUGUCCGAGUGUCCAGUUUUAUCUGUAAUUACAGAAUUAGGCACUGACGUAAAUUAUAUCAUCGAAAUGUAUACUUUUUCGUGGAA